AUGACAUCCCCUAGCAACCUCUCCUCCAUCUUGGACCAAGACCUCAUCCUUCCACCCGAUGUAACUGCCGAAGGCUUGCGCAUGGCUUUAGCCGAGAUGGCUAAGGUUGUCGGGAGCAACAACUUGGAAGUGCAUACCAGAGCUACGAUGAAGCCUGACAAAGAAGGAGAAUACUUCAACCUCCCCAAGGAACACGAUCUCUUCUAUGUGCUCGAGAAGGAUGAAUUCCUCGCCAGCGCUGUUGUUUCGCCCGGCAGUGUCGAGGAAGUGUCUGCGAUCGUCAAGCUUGCCAACCGAUAUCUCGUACCCCUCUGGCCCUGUUCCAUGGGUCGCAACCUCGGCUAUGGGGGAGCUGCGCCUCGAUUACGAGGUAGUGUUGUCAUCGACAUGGGCGCACGAAUGAACAAGGUGCUCGACGUUAACGAGCGGGACUGUACCUGUCUACUCGAGCCCGGCGUUAGUUACUUUGCACUGUAUGAUUACCUGCAGAACAAUGGACACAAAAACCUGUGGAUUGACAGUCCUGACUUGGGCGGUGGCUCCGCUGUCGGCAAUGCGCUAGACCGCGGGGCCGGAUAUACACCAUACGGCGAGCAUUUCUCCAUGCAUUGCGGAAUGGAGGUGGUUCUUCCCAAUGGAGAGGUGAUUCGGACCGGUAUGGGCGCGUUGCCAGAGAGCAACACCUGGCAGACCUUCCAAUAUGGGUUUGGGCCAUAUCCUGACGGAUUAUUUACCCAAUCAAACUUUGGCAUUGUCACAAAGAUGGGAUUCUGGCUCAUGCCUGAUCCCGGCGGCUACCAAGCAUAUCUCUUCUCGUUCCAAAACGACAGCGACCUGCCUGCUAUUGUCGAAUACGUACGACAACUCCGUGUUGGAAUGGUCAUCCAAAAUGCCCCUACGAUUCGCAACACUCUGAUUGACGCUGCUGUCUACGCACCUAAAUCGGAGUAUACCAGCUCCAAGGAUGUCCUGACAGAUGCAGAGAUUGACUCAAUCGCCAAGAAGAUUGGUGUAGGACGGUGGAAUAUUUACGGGGCCAUGUAUGGACCCAAGCCCAUGCGUGAUCUACAAUGGGCUGCUCUGAAAGCCACAUUUAUGCAGAUUCCAGGUGCAUCGUAUGAAUUCCCGCAGCCGCGCGUUGAAGGCUCGAAGCAGACAGUGCUCCAUAUGCGAGAAGAAACCCUCAAGGGCAUCCCCAACACAUACGAACUGGGCUGGCUGGACUGGACAUGUCCCCGCGGCUCUUUGCUAGGAUUUUCGCCCAUUUCUCCAGCCACGGGUGUGGAUGCAAAUAAGCAAUACCAGAUGGUCCGGAAGCGGUUUGUCGAGUUUGGCUUUGACUACAUUGGUACUUUUGUUGUCGGAUGGCGCGAGCUCCAUCACAUUGUGUGUCUAGCAUUUGACAAAACCAACCCAGAUGAACGGAAGCGGGCACAUCGAUGCAUCGAACUACUCAUCGACGACGCCGCCAAAGAGGGUUAUGGCGAGUACCGCACCCACCUGUGCUACAUGGAUCAAAUCGCCAGCGUUUACAACUGGGGCGGCGGCUCUUCGCUGAAGUUCAACGAGCAGCUGAAGGACGCGUUAGAUCCAAACGGCAUUCUCGCCCCAGGAAAGAGCGGCGUGUGGCCUGCGCGACUGCGAGGACGCGGAUUUGAGAUCAAGAGAAGCACCGAGUACAAGGGGAUUAUUGGGUCGUCUAGAUCCAAGGGGGGAGCACCGAAAUUGUAG